CGCGGGGGAGGGGCGCGCGGGGCCGCCGUUCUGGGCAAAAGGCAAAAAGGCGGGCGCAGGGCUGCCUCCCGAGGCUCGCCUUGCUUUCAGUUCCUCCCGCUUCGCUGAACUGGGAGUCGCGACCUCCGGCACAGGAUGUGGUGCUGCAGGUUGUCCCACCUACAGAGCAGGCUCCAGGACCUGCUGAGGGGACGAGUCACAUUUUCGGCCCUUCAACUGCCACAUUUCAAAAGCUCAUUUCCAUUAGCCAUCCAUUGGCACCAUACAGCCUCCAAGUCUCUGAAGUGUGUUUGGCAGCAACAUGAAGAUCAUUUUGAACUGCGCUACGCGAACACUGUGAUGCGCUUCGACUAUGUCUGGCUCCGAGAUCACUGCCGCUCGGCAUCUUGCUACAACUCUAAGACCCACCAGCGCAGUCUAGACACCGCCAGUGUGGACCUGUGUAUCCAGCCGAAGGCUGUUCGUCUGGAUGAGACCACGCUCUUUUUCACUUGGCCAGAUGGUCAUGUGACUAGAUAUGAUUUGGAUUGGCUGGUGAAAAACAGCUAUGAAGGGCAGAAACAAAAGGUUAUCCAGCCUAGAAUUUUAUGGAAUGCUGAAAUCUACCAGAAAGCCCAAGUUCCAUCUGUAGAUUUCCAGAGCUUCUUAGAAACCAAGGAGGGACUGAAGAACUUUCUGCAAAACUUUCUGCUCUAUGGAAUUGCUUUUGUAGAAAAUGUCCCUCCUACUCAAGAACACACAGAGAAGCUGGCAGAAAGGAUCAGUUUGAUCAGAGAAACGAUCUAUGGGAGAAUGUGGUAUUUCACUUCAGACUUCUCCAGGGGCGACACUGCAUACACCAAGCUAGCUCUGGAUCGGCACACUGACACUACCUAUUUUCAAGAGCCCUGUGGCAUUCAGGUGUUUCAUUGUCUUAAGCAUGAAGGAACAGGUGGCAGGACACUGCUGGUAGAUGGAUUCUAUGCAGCAGAACAGGUACUUCAAAAGGCACCUGAGGAAUUUGAACUCCUCAGCCAAGUGCCGCUGAAGCAUGAAUAUAUUGAAAAUGUUGGAGAAUGUCACAACCACAUGAUUGGGGUUGGGCCAGUCUUAAAUAUCUACCCGUGGAAUAAAGAGCUCUAUUUGAUCAGGUACAACAACUAUGACCGGGCUGUCAUCAAUACCGUGCCUUACGAUAUUGUCCAUCGUUGGUAUACAGCACACCGUACUCUAACAACUGAGUUGAGGAGACCUGAGAACGAGUUUUGGGUCAAACUAAAGCCUGGCAGGGUCCUAUUUAUAGACAACUGGCGUGUCCUACAUGGCAGAGAAUCCUUCACUGGCUACCGCCAGCUCUGCGGCUGCUACUUAACAAGGGAUGAUGUAUUGAACACGGCUCGUCUCUUGGGGCUUCAGGCUUAAAGUUGACAACAUUGGGAUGGUGCGCACACCUGACACCCUGGCUACCAGAAUUUCCCAUCAGCAGGAUAAUAUUGUGUCAGUACCUACUUCAGACUAUCUCCUUACCUUGUUACACAAAGCCAAAACCUCCCCUUUCUCUAGUAGGGAAAACUUUAUAGAAAGGCCUCUGAGACAACUGAUGUCAGCCACCUAGUGUGGUACCCUUCUUCCCCAAGUUAUAGCGCGGACUCAUUUAGUUUUUAGACCUUUUGAUGUAACUCUGGUCAAUGUAUUUCAGAAAUAUAAUCACAUUGAUAAAGAAACAAUAAUAGUCACUACAUCAAAAUUUGUUUCAACUGGAUCAGUUACGAAGAAAUGAAUUCUAGGAAUAACAAAGUCUUGAUAGAGCUGAGAUUUGCAUAUUUUUUAAUCUUAGGAUACCUAAACACUUUUAAAAGUUACUGAGGACCCCUAAAGAGUGCUUGGAUGUGGGCUAUAUCUGUUGAUCCUAAUUGUAUCAAUAAUAGCAGAUGCAAUCACAAUAGAUGUUAAAGUUAAAAUGCUUAAGAUUGAAGAGUACAAAAGCACAUAUCCCUCAGCUAUUGGAGAGAUGACAGCAUCACAUGUCCUGUGGCCUCUGAAAAAGUCCUUUUACAGUCCUGAAAGGACUAGAGUGAAAAAGGUAAUAUCAUCGUAAUGUUGUUAUUGAAAAAUUGUUUUUAACCCACAGAGCCAAGGGCUGGAGGAUACCUUGGGACAGUCCUUUACAUGGACACACAAAGUAAAGAGUUUAACUCAUAAACUUUUCUGUAUGGUCUCCUAGAACUACAGGCAUCAUCAGAAUUGCUUGAUAGCAUGAGCUCAGUGAUAAAGUGGGAACUGAAUACCAACCAUGUUUUAUCUGGUGAGAGGGGUUACAUCUGUCUAAGUCAUCUCUUGAGGAGUAAAACUAAGCAGUCUCUACAGCUCCCGUGAAACAAACCCUUCCAUUUAGUAACUCUGUGAGGGAGAACUGCAGAAAGUUUUUAGAGAUUCCUGAGGUUACAUGUGAUCAUUCAUAGAUGCACACACACAAAGCACAAGGAGAGUGCAGAGGGUUAGUACAUAAGAUUGUUCAGGAAAUUCAUCACAAUAAAUAAUGUGCCUCCAAAGAAACACGAAAUUUAGGAUGCAGUCUAUUUUCCUCCAUUUCUGCUGAUCUUUGUUUCUUAUUUUUUCCUAUCUUAAAAUAUUGUACAUGUUAAUUGCCAAGAUUUGACUGGGUUAGGUGUAAUACAUUGGUUUGGGCUGGGGUUGGAGAGUUUAUGGGGUUUUUUUGGCGGCACCCAUGGUGUGAAGGAGUCCCAGCGCCACAGAUCAAACCCACGCCAUAGCAAUAACCAGAGCUGCUGCAGUGACCGUGCCAGACCCUUAAGCCGCUGUGCCACAAGGGAACUUCUUGUUUCUUUUAUUUCUUAAAAUGGCUUUACUGUAUAUGUGGAGCGAGAGAAGGCAAACAGAGAGACAGGAGUGAGGUUUAUGUUCCCUUGGCUUUCAUCAAAAGUGAAGCCGCGCAGGAACCACACUGACUGCUAUAGAAUAUGCUCAAAGACAGUCCAGGCUAGGAUGUGCACGAGAGAAACCAAUUCAUUAGUGUCAGGAUAGGAGUCACAAAUCCAAGUCAGGAUUCUGACAGAGAAGAGAGCCUAAUCUGGUGCUUUCAGGAAGUUCCUAGUCCACACUUACUAGUUGAUGCGGUACUUACUGACCCAUCCGGUGCUCCACAAGAUGUUCUCAGCAUGUUUCUGCAUUUUACUUGUACUGUCUAGGAAUCUUGAGGGGAUCCUCCAUGAGAUGUGUUGUCCUCUGAGGUCGAAGGGUGGAUAAUCAGGUUCAGAUUGUUAAGGAAUACCAUUUAGCAGUCCGAAUAAAAGUAACCACAUUUUGA